CCCUUCAAAGAUGGCCGCCCUGUUGUUUUGAUGAAUAAUACUUGGUGGGGCGAGGGGGUAAGAGUAGGGUUGGAGGGGUAGGAGGAUUCACGCUCUCAGCGAGGGCUUCGCCAGUCCAGUCCCUCCCCUCCCCCCACCAGGGUUCUUGCGUGGAGGCGGGGCGAUCCUGGCCUGCUUUUUAGAGGGGAGGGGCUUCCCGGUCCAGCGCUCUAGCUGGGCUGCUGUAGGGUAGCGGCGCCUCGGGGGCAUCCAGCGUGCAGCAGAGCCGUUCCCGCCAGGGGCCAAGGGUGGGACCCGGAGCAGGGUCUGCGGGAGAGAAACGCAGCUGCCGCGUCACCGCCACGAAGACACGGGGCGCAGCGGCACGAGCCGAGCUGGAGACCGCGCCGCCCGCUCUGGGUAACCUGGGAAGCUAGGGGAGUCCGUGGAGCCUGGAGAGGACCCCGUAGCUGCGGUCGUGGCCAGAGGAGGCGGCUCAGGGCGCUUGCAGCUGGAGGAGGUUGGGGCCAUCUGAGCGACCGGAGCCAAGGCGGUUCAGUGCCUCGUGUUCUUAGUUUUUAACCUCUGACUAUGCAAUUCUGAAACCUCCCCCAUUGGGGGGGACCAGACAGCUCGCUAGAUACCUUCCCGUCUCCUUUGCUCCCGCCCUGAUCUCAAGAACUGAGGAUCUCUUCCCUAACGCCUUUCACCAUUAAGAGGAAAGCGAUGGAGGAGCUGAGCGCUGACGAGAUUCGCCGGAGGCGCCUGGCACGACUUGCUGGUGGACAGACCUCCCAACCGAGCACCCCGCUUACGUCUCCCCAGAGGGAGAACCCUCCAGGACCUCCAAUACCUGCAUCAGCCCCAGGCCCUUCCCAGAGUCUUGGUCUCAAUGUCCACAACAUGACCCCAGCUACCUCCCCCAUAGGUGCAGCAGGAGUUGCCCAUCGGAGCCAGAGCAGCGAAGGAGUCAGCUCUCUGAGCAGCUCACCGUCCAACAGCCUUGAGACGCAGUCUCAGUCCCUCUCCCGUUCCCAGAGCAUGGAUAUUGACGGCGUCUCCUGUGAGAAAAGCAUGUCCCAGGUGGAUGUGGAUUCGGGAAUUGAAAACAUGGAAGUGGACGAGAAUGACCGACGGGAGAAAAGGAGCCUGAGCGAAAAGGAGCCUUCGUCAGGUCCUGAAGUGUCCGAAGAGCAGGCCUUACAGCUGGUCUGUAAGAUCUUCCGCGUCUCCUGGAAGGACCGGGACAGAGAUGUCAUCUUCCUUUCUUCUCUUUCUGCGCAGUUUAAACAGAACCCAAAAGAAGUGUUCUCUGAUUUUAAGGAUCUGAUUGGCCAGAUUUUAAUGGAAGUACUGAUGAUGUCCACUCAGACACGAGAUGAAAAUCCGUUUGCCAGUCUGACAGCCACAUCUCAGCCUAUUUCCACGGCAGCUCGGUCACCUGACAGAAAUCUCAUGCUGAACACUGGCUCCAAUCCAGGAACAAGCCCCAUGUUCUGCAGCCUGGGCUCCUUCGGCGCCAGCUCGUUGUCUAGCCUCUAUGAAACUAGCCCUGCUCCUGCUGCCAGUUUCUGGAGCUUUGCACCAGGGCUGAGUCCAUCCUUGGCCUCACCUUCCCGUGCAGCCCCCCAGGUUGCUGUGCCUCCUGCAUCCCCGAGUCCUCACAGUGCAGCCCGCCAGGUGGCUGUGCCUGCCACAUCCCCGAGUCCUCACAGUCCUCACAGUGCAGCCCGCCAGGUGGCUGUGCCUGCCACAUCCCCGAGUCCUCACAGUGCAGCCCGCCAGGUGGCUGUGCCUCCCGCAUCCCCGAGUCCUCACAGUGCAGCCCGCCAGGUGGCUGUGCCUCCCGCAUCCCCAAAUCCUCACAGGGCAGCCCGCCGGGUGGCUGUGCCUCCCACAUCCCUCAGUCCUCACAGUGCAGCUUCUGGAACUGUGGCUGGAAGCCAAGCCUCAUCCCCAAGGUAUCGACCCUACACUCUCAUGCACCCAUGGGGGUCUUCACCUUGCCCCACCCCACGACCCUCCAUUCAGGCUAACUCCCCAGGCUUCCCUGCCCGCCCAAGUAGUCCCCGAGCAGUACCUGUCAGCUCCUCCAGACAGAGACCCCGCAGCAGGGGCCCCGCCUUCCCACCCGGCUCGCCCAGUGCUGCCAGCAGACGUCCCUCCUCCCUGCGGACCUCUCCUAGUUUGGGAGCCUCUGGUGGAGCAAGUAACUGGGAUUCGUACAGUGAUCAUUUCACCAUUGAGACCUGCAAGGAGACAGACAUGCUGAACUACCUCAUCGAGUGUUUUGACCGAGUUGGAAUAGAGGAAAAAAAAGCACCAAAGAUGUGCAGCCAGCCAGCAGUCAGCCAGCUUCUGAGCAACAUCCGCUCGCAGUGCAUCUCCCACACCGCGCUAGUGCUGCAAGGUUCCCUCACACAGCCCAGGUCCUUGCAGCAGCCGUCCUUCCUCGUGCCGUACAUGCUGUGCAGGAACCUCCCCUAUGGCUUCAUUCAGGAGCUGGUGAGGACCACUCACCAGGAUGAAGAGGUGUUCAAGCAGAUCUUUAUCCCUGUUUUACAAGGCCUGGCUCUGGCUGCCAAGGAGUGCUCUCUCGACAGUGACUACUUCAAAUACCCCCUCAUGGCGCUAGGUGAACUCUGUGAAACCAAGUUUGGGAAGACACACCCUGUGUGCAGUUUGGUCGCCUCUUUGCCCCUGUGGUUGCCGAAGUCUUUAAGCCCUGGUUCUGGGCGGGAGCUGCAGAGACUCUCCUACUUAGGGGCCUUCUUUAGCUUCUCGGUCUUUGCAGAGGACGAUGCAAAGGUGGUUGAGAAAUACUUCUCAGGGCCCACCAUUACCCUGGAGAACACCCGUGUCGUCAGCCAGUCACUACAGCAUUAUCUGGAGCUGGGACGGCAAGAGCUUUUCAAGAUUCUGCAUAGUGUGUUGUUAAAUGGCGAAACUCGUGAAGCAGCUCUCAGUUACAUGGCAGCCAUCGUCAAUGCCAAUAUGAAGAAAGCCCAGAUGCAGGCAGAUGAUCGGUUGGUGUCCACAGACGGCUUUAUGCUGAACCUCCUUUGGGUCCUGCAGCAGCUAAGUACAAAGAUCAAGUUAGAAACAGUCGACCCCACUUACAUAUUCCACCCGAAAUGUCGGAUUAAUCUCCCGAACGAUGAGACACGGAUAAAUGCAACGAUGGAGGAUGUGAAUGAGUGGCUGGCUGAGCUCUAUGGAGAUCAGCCUCCAUUUUCUGAGCCAAAAUUCCCUACAGAAUGUUUCUUUCUCACCCUGCACGCUCACCACCUCUCUAUUCUGCCUAGUUGUCGUCGCUACAUUCGCAGACUGCGAGCUAUCCGAGAACUCAACAGAACUGUGGAAGAUUUGAAAAGUAACGAAAGCCAGUGGAAAGAUUCCCCACUGGCCCCCAGACACCGAGAAAUGCUGAAGCGCUGUAAAACUCAGCUUAAGAAACUGGUACGGUGCAAGGCCUGUGCUGACGCUGGCUUACUUGACGAGAGCUUCCUGAGAAGAUGUCUGAAUUUUUAUGGCCUUCUCAUUCAGCUGAUGCUGCGCAUCCUGGACCCUGCGUAUCCCGACGUAACACUGCCUUUAAGUUCAGAUGUCCCCAAGGCGUUUGCAGCAUUGCCUGAGUUUUAUAUAGAGGAUGUUGCUGAAUUUUUAUUUUUUAUUGUACAAUACUCGCCCCAGGUGCUGUAUGAGCCCUGUACUCAGGACAUUGUGAUGUUCCUCGUCGUCAUGCUGUGCAACCAGAACUACAUCCGCAACCCAUACCUAGUGGCCAAACUGGUGGAGGUCAUGUUUAUGACCAACCCCUCUGUUCAGCCUCGAACUCAGAAGUUUUUUGAGAUGAUUGAGAACCAUCCUCUCUCUACCAAAUUGCUGGUACCUUCCCUCAUGAAAUUUUAUACAGAUGUCGAGCAUACCGGAGCCACCAGCGAGUUCUAUGACAAGUUCACCAUUCGCUAUCACAUUAGCACUAUUUUUAAGAGCCUUUGGCAAAACAUAGCUCACCAUGGCACCUUCAUGGAGGAGUUCAAUUCUGGAAAGCAGUUCGUCCGCUACAUCAAUAUGCUGAUAAACGACACGACCUUUCUGCUGGACGAGAGUCUGGAGUCGCUGAAGCGGAUCCAUGAAGUGCAAGAGGAGAUGAAGAACAAAGAGCAGUGGGACCAGUUGCCUCGGGAUCAGCAACAGGCCCGGCAAUCUCAGCUUUCUCAGGAUGAGCGCGUUUCACGAUCUUAUCUCGCGCUGGCGACUGAAACCGUGGACAUGUUCCAUCUCCUCACUAAGCAAGUCCAGAAGCCGUUCCUCAGACCAGAACUUGGACCCCGAUUAGCAGCCAUGCUGAACUUUAACCUCCAGCAGCUGUGUGGCCCCAAGUGCCGGGACCUGAAAGUUGAAAACCCAGAGAAGUACGGUUUUGAGCCAAAGAAGCUGUUGGACCAACUGACGGAUAUUUACUUGCAGCUGGACUGUGCUCGCUUUGCUAAAGCCAUUGCUGAUGACCAGCGAUCCUACAGCAAAGAGCUAUUUGAAGAAGUCAUUUCAAAGAUGCGGAAGGCAGGAAUCAAAUCCACCAUUGCAAUAGAGAAGUUUAAGCUUCUUGCUGAGAAAGUGGAGGAAAUAGUGGCCAAGAAUGCACGGGCAGAAAUUGACUACAGCGAUGCGCCGGAUGAGUUUAGAGACCCUCUGAUGGACACCCUGAUGACCGACCCUGUGAGACUGCCCUCUGGCACCAUAAUGGACCGCUCCAUUAUCCUGCGGCAUCUUCUGAACUCCCCCACUGACCCCUUCAACCGCCAGAUGCUGACUGAGAACAUGCUGGAACCAGUGCCAGAGCUGAAGGAGCAGAUUCAAGCCUGGAUGAGAGAGAAGCAGAGCAGUGACCACUAAGCCGUCCCCGUCGCACUUCUCUGCUGGAAACAGCCACGCCAGCCAGCCAGGCUGAAGCAGCAUCCACCUCAAAGCCGCUGCUCAACCCUGCAGCCAGAUGUGGCCAGAUCCUGAGAGCCCACCCCGAGUGACCAAACAGUAGAGAUCUGAGAGACAUGAUGAGAAGAGGAGCCCGAUUCCUGUACAUAUAUUUAAGUGACAAACUGUCAAAAGCUUGAGGGACGAGUUUUACGAUUGCCUGUGUAGUAAAGCACGUCCCUCGCCUGUCACACCUGGGGCUGUGGCGACGGAAGUCUUUAGUGAUGGCGAGCGGGUCUGGGCAGCAUCCCCCUGAGCUUUCGUUUUGUUUGGUUUUUUCGAUGUGACUAGAGAACUCGGACAUUUUGCUGCUAAAGAAUCUCCCCCUUCCUCACCCUCCUUGCGCUGUGGGUUUUUUUAAAGAGAAACAAAACCAGACUCCUUUCCCGGCCUCCAAACACGUAUUCUGUGAGAUACCUGUGCCUGCGACAAAGUGUUAAUCUUGGGAUCGUAUUUUUAUAUCAUAUUCACAUACUUGUUUUUUUAAUUGGUGUUAGAUGACAUGAUUAAUAAAAAAGGCAAGAUAUUUUCAGAA